GAAAAACGCGUUUUGAUGCCUGGCGUUAGCCGCUGUUUACCAAGCGUUCAGUUUACAGCCCCGUGCUCGGGUCUGCACCCCUGUGGGGGGAGAACGGGGGCAGGAGGAGCAGGGAACGGGAGCCUUGAGGGGCUUCGAGGGCAGCUGUGGAGGAGGCCGGGUGCCUCCGGCUGCCACAGCGAGGCCCCAACAGCUGCCUCCCUCCCGGGCGGGCCGCCAGGCGCUGAGGCAGCGCGGCCACCGCGAGGCCCGGCGGCUGCCCGGCUUCCCCUCAGCGGCCCGGCCCGGCUUCACCUCAGCGAGCAGGGGCUGGCGGCAGCAGGCGGGAGGCGCAGACGAGCCCCCAGCCCCGCCGGGCCCGCCCCUAAGCGCCGCGGGGCGGCCGUGAGGAGAGGAGGAGCCGCCCGCCCGCCUCCUCCUCCUCUUCCUGCGGCGGCUGCGGAGCGGGAGGCUGCGACGAGCACCAUGGCUGCCAACUGCGAGCGCACCUUCAUCGCCAUCAAGCCCGACGGCGUCCAGCGGGGGCUGGUGGGGGAGAUCAUCAAGCGCUUCGAGCAGAAGGGGUUCCGCCUGGUCGCCAUGAAGUUCGUGCACGCUUCUGAAGACCUUCUCAAACAACAUUACAUUGACCUGAAAGAUCGACCAUUCUACCCUGGUUUGGUUAAAUACAUGAACUCUGGACCUAUUGUGGCAAUGGUAUGGGAAGGCCUCAACGUGGUUAAAACUGGUAGAGUAAUGCUAGGGGAAACCAACCCAGCAGACUCAAAGCCUGGUACCAUCCGUGGUGACUUCUGCAUUCAAGUAGGAAGAAACAUCAUUCAUGGCAGUGACUCUGUAGAAAGUGCUCAGAAGGAGAUCAACCUGUGGUUUAAACCUACGGAACUCGUUGACUUCAAGUCUUGUGCACACGACUGGAUCUAUGAGUGAAGUGAGCUUCCACAAGGAAUUGGGCCUCUUAACGUGUCAUCUCAUUCCAGCCAUUGAUCUGGGAGCAAUUAUCACCACGGUUAGCUUAGUCAUUUUUCAGCAUUAUCAAAUAAAAGGAUGAUACAAACUAA